CCCUUUUCAUGAUUUUAUGGCUAGUUUUGCUAAACAAGCGCCCCAUACAGGUUAAACUUAUGAUCCAAAAUGGUGCAACUCUUGACUCGUCUGCAUUGUUUGCCUCGAUUCAUUUCAAGCUUCCCAAGAUCGUUGAAACACUUCUAGCUACAGGCAUGGACCCGAACUUACGCCGGCCGCAUAAGUCCAAAGACGGAGGAUCUAAAGCUAGUGGGGUGUCCGCAUUGGAGGAGUACUCCCUCUGGGUAGCAGCAACACAGCACGGGAUCGCGGCAGAUACGGCUACGGACAGCAAGCGCAAGGCUGGCGACACAAGCGAGAAGAAGAUCACGAUGAUUCCUCUUUCAUUUCGGCAAACGAAUUGGACGCGGAGCCUCAACUCGAAACGGGUUCAGUCCUACACAACCUUCUGGAGAAUGGGAAGCUAGUCCACCCGAUACUUGAAUUGCCAGAGCUCGAUUCACAGCGGAGGGACCCACGGGGACGUACUUUGCUACAUGCCGC